AACAUGCCAAAUGCAGCGUUGGUAGCAACAACUGCGUGUACGGUUUAAUAGAAUGGAACCUAAGUUGUUGGACUUUUCAAAGUCUCUCCAGAUAUGUAAGGCCUUGGAAUCCUUGGUGUCUCGGGGCUUUGGACCACAGGGUCUACAGACAUUGAUGUGUACCUCCACUGGACAAGUCUUAAUGUCUAACAAUGGUGCCACAAUUUUUAAUGCAAUGCUCAUUGGCCAUCCACUGGGAAGGUUAGUUGUGGACUCUAUAAAUCAGAUGACUCAGUACACAGGAGAUGGAAGUAAAGUUUUCAUCUUAAUGUUAACAGAUAUGUUACAGCAGAUAGACUCGAGAUAUUCCGAGAGAGAAAGGGGUGAGUUGAUAAGGGGGUUAAAUCACUUUAAUCAACACAUUUUUCCUAAUCUUCAGCAGCAUGUUUUAAAACAUUCAAGGAAAAGCAAUUUAAGAAGUGAUAAAAAAGGAUUUUGUGAAAGCAUUGAGGGUGUGUUAAGAGGUGUUAUUUCCCCACAUUAUUCUGCAAGGGUGGUAGAAAGUUUGACAAAAGCUGUGAUGUCAUCAUUGAACUUUGACCUUUCUCCUAGCCUCUUUCUGGAGCAGAUAUCAAUAAUGACACAAAACUUCAGUCAAUUAGCCAUUAAAAUCAUUGGUUCUUCUAUUUCUGAUUCUACAACAUUAGAUUCAUACAUUAUUCAAAGAGAUUUUGUAACUGAGUUUGAAAUGUGUUCCAUGGAAUGUGUGAAAUUUGUUGUUUUGAUGUGCUCCAUUGAAGGAAAAAUCAACACUGAGGAUGGAGAAUCUAUCUAUCUUUCCACAAAUGAAAGUUUGGGGAAUUUCAUGAAAUAUCAGAGGGAACGAGUAGAAAGGUUUGCAUCUCUGUGUAGUGAACAAGAUAUAACUCUGGUGAUCAGCACAAUGGGAAUACCCAAGUAUUGUCUGCAAGUUCUCAGUUCCAAGAAAAUUUCUGUGAUUCAGUAUGUGGAAGAUGAGGAUGUUGAAUUCCUUAGUUGGAUGUGCAAGAAAAAUAUAAUUUCAGAAUUUCCUAUCACAAAAUUUACUGAAAAAGAAAUAUUUCUAGCUUCGUCUUGUAAGAGAGUAAUCAUUAAUGGUAGACCUUGUGUUCAAUUGAUUCCAAGUGGUGAGCAACUUGCUCCAUUUGCAAAAACUCUUCUCUUGACAGCACCGACUGAUGGAUUGUGUUCUCAGCUAUAUACAGUAGUUCAUAAAGCCAUCAAAUCUGUGUAUUUAUCCCUUAAUCCACCAAACUCAUUGGAGAUCACUGAAGAAAGUGAAACUUGUGCUUCCUAUACCAUACCUGGAGGAGCAAGUUUUGAACUACUCUGCAGACAGUUUUUGAUGAAGAUCAGCAGAAAUAAAAUUCACAAUAAGGAUAUGCAGAUAGCUGAAAUGCUAGAAAAAGCUUUCCUAACUGUUGCAAGAAUACUACAUAGAAAUGUGUCUGAAACAAGACUGAAUGAAACUCAUAAUUUCCUUGUCAAAUUGUCCUACAUGCAAAAUGAGACUGAUUUAUCAAGGGACAGUUGUAAAUGUUUGGGGUUUGACAGAAGAGGGAUUGUUAAAGAUAUGGAGAAAGAAGGAGUUCUGGAAUCAUUGAAUGUAAAAUUCCAUGUUGUUUCUUGUGUACUUAAUUUAUUGAAUACAAUUUUGAAAACUAAUGGGAUAAUUGGAAUAAAAAAUGCUUAAAGAU